UUGGCGAAAUUAAGCAUUGAUACAAAAAUGAAGUUCAAAAGUGCGUUGGUGCUAAUGGAAGCAGCGUUUUUGAUCUGUUGGUCACAAGUUACAGAUUCGAACGAGACGAACUUUGUGCCCACCAGCGAAUGGCAGGAGCUUGCAGAAGAUCAACCCAUCCCGGCAGGUUUGCACGUUAGAAUCAACCUGUCCACUGGCAAAAAGGAAGCGAAACUUUUAGAUACCGAACCGAGUUCAUCACAUGCUUUGGGUGCGGAAUCCUCACUGUCACUUGUGGCCGGGCAGGAAGUAAAGGAUCACGGCGUUGAUCGAGCAAUGGAACCAAUGGACCUAGCAGCCCUCAAGGAGGGUCUACGGAACAUCCCAGCAAAUGACUUUGAUCAAGAAGAGGAUCAAACGAAUGGCGGUCCGCGUAAAAGCUACGAUCAGAUAAAACAAGAAUUGAAAGACGCAAAUAUGGAGCUAAAGACGGACAGUGAAAUUAUGGCCACGCUGUUUGCCCGUUUUGAAGAGCUGCUCCCAGGAGCAUCCAAUGAGCGCCACCAAGAGUUGGACACGGUCUUCGAAGACCUGCGUUACCUAGCCCAUCAGAUAGAUAAUGCCGUGGAGUUUAUCGAUCGUGGCGGAGUGGAGAACAUCAUAUGGCCAAGCUUGAAUCGUACUACCGACACUAGCAUACGAAUUCAAGCGCUUGUACUUUUGGGCACGCUUCUGCAAAAUAAUCCGAAAGCGAAGGUGUCGCUGUUUGAACGCGACGGUAGUGCCAAGCUGCUGGCGGCCUUUGGCCGAGCCACAUCGUCGGACGAGGUUUCUGCGGCACUGUACGCGUUCGGUAGCUUGGUGCGAAAGUUCCCGUUUGCCCAGAAGCAAUUGCUUACCGCACAUGGUUACAGUUUGCUGUAUGGCGUCUUGGAGAAACCGGUCGAGCUAAAGGUCAAGGUGAAAGUUUUACAGCUGAUUGCGGAUUUGUUGGAAGACUACCGAAGUGUGACGGGACGAGGUGAAACAGAACAAGUAACGGCCCAACAGUACCGAUCCACGCAGCUUCUUGAGAGCUUGGAGAAAACCGAAUUCUGCAAACAUGCCGAAGAAUUCUUUCACUUGCAUCGAUCCACUUUCCUGGCGGAGGAAAAUUUGAUUGACGAAGCGAUAAAGGCCAUGCGAUCGAGCAUGGUACCGUGUCAGCAAUACUGGUCGGAGGAUCCUCGCCUUCGGCAUACGCUCUUAGUGCUCCGAAACACGCUGGACAAUCGAUUGGACGUCAGCGACCUGGUCGAGUAUCGGACAGAAAUUCGGCGUAACAUUGACGAAUUCGUCCACGAGCUGUACGGACCACCAAAAGAUGAAUUAUGA